AUGGAUGCAGAAUGCAUACACAUCCUGGAGAAGAGCAUGGAGGACAAACAUGAAGACAUGGACAGCAUCCCCUCAAAAUAUGAACCAGAGGAAAGCUCCAAAAGUCUGCUGAAUGAUUCCAGUGGUGAGGACACCAGAGAUGCCUCCAAUGAUGUGAACAGUCCGGACACAAGUUUGCAACCAGCUGAAAGGGAGCAAGAGGAAAAGCAGCAGGCUUCAUCUGAUGUGUUGUCAGGUGUCGGCGCCCUAGAAGUGAACAUCCCAGAGGAGCUCUAUGAGAAUGCUAGGGGUGACAUCAUGCCCUGCAGGUUCUCCACCUUCCUCGAGUACAGUGAGGGCUGGCUGUUUGACAUGCCAGUUCCAGUGGCACCCUCUACGCCCAUCUGUAAGAUCCAGGGAAAAACAGAGUACGGCCAGAACAUCAACUUGACGUGUGUGUCCGAGGAAGGCUCCCCGCCACCCACCUACAAGUGGGAAAGUCGAGAUGUCAACAACAUCCCUCGCAUUGCCAGCCUAAGAUCCACUGACAAGGGAGGCAUCCUGUCUCUGUAUAAUAUCUCUGAAGACUCAUCAGGAUACUACAUCUGCACCUCCACAAACAAGAUCUGCUUCGUUUCCUGCAACGUCACCCUCACAGUCAUGCCACCUUCCAUGAACAUCGGCUCCACUGCAGGAAUCAUCGGUGGCGUUGUGGCUGCGCUAAUGGCACUCAUCAUCAUCAUCUAUUGCUGCUGCUGUCGGAAGAAGGAGGAGGAGGAAUACGCCAUGGGGUAAAUAUUUUGGACCUGGUAGACACACGAAAACACACUCACCCUGUCUGAUGCAAAACAUGUUUGAGGGCUGUUGAAUUGAGUGAAUGGAGAGAGAAGGAAAGCCUUUAUGAUGAGACCGGCGUUAUGAUGAUGAUGACAGAGACCGACGAUAUGAUGAUGACCGCUAUGAUGAGCCCUAUGAUGAUCGGAAACGUAAAAGACCGCCUGUGCCACCCACUAACAAACCAAGGAGAGACCUCAAUGACUAAAGUGAACCACCUGUACCACCACUUUCCUCCUUAUGAAAGACGUCUGAGAAAAAUGGCUGCUGUGUGAAUAUGCUCAAUUGACUAUGGUCCAAUUACAGCCAAUUACAGCCAAUUACAGCAACCAAAAGGUGGCAAAGGUGAUAUAAUUGACCUGAAUGCCACAAUACUGCUUUUACAUUUUUAGCUGUCAUUCUAAGUUUUAGGGUGGAAUAAUUUUGAAAGUCAAGGUUUUUGGUAGAUUAGUCGAGGAAGUGCAGGGAACCUGGAAAGUCUGUCUGAUCCUUUUUUAACAGGGAUUGGGUGAGUGGGUGGGAUCAACUGUUACAAACAAACUGGUUCAUGCAAACACUGUCUAAAUAUAAAGUACCGGAAAAACAUUUCAAAAACACCCAAGAUAAAAAAAAAACGAUCAAGAAAAGGUUUUUAAAGAUCUGUGUUAUUCAAAACUUUAUGUUUUCAGCUUGAAAAUGACUAUGCUGGCCUUGUUACAUAAAAUGCAAUGCCUUAUGUCUGUGUGUGUCUGGAUAUGAGGCGACUUCUGCUGUUGGGUUUCAAUGGUGGCCAUUUGUUAGUUUGAUGCUUUUGAAAAGGGCUUCAUUUGUGUGUCACAGUUAGACUAUAUUGAAUUAUUUUUGUUUAUGUGACUAUCUUUUACAGUAUAUCCUUCUUUAGAAAUAUACACAAUUCACUGUUUUGGGUGCUUUAUGUUUGAUUCACAUCAAUAACACCUAGAACUACAACUUCCCAUGAUUGUUGGGAUUGAUUGUGUCACCAGUCACCACAGAUCUCUCAGGGUUUGUUUUUAUUGCAAAUGAAAAUUAUUUUAUUAUGUCUUAAUGUUGAUGAGUCAUAGUAUAGCCUGUUGCCAUGAUAGCUUAAUAUGUUUUUUUUAAGUAUUUUAAAGAGAGAAUUAUGUUAAAUUCUGACAUGAAAAUAUACAGUGAUAUUAUCUCAGCAGUUUCACCCCUUUUUACAUUUGGGUUUGUAAAUCUCCUGUUGUGGAGAAACUUUUUAAGAUGUAGUCCUUAGACUACAUGACAUUUGCUGUUAAA